AUGAGACAGAGUGUAUCAACGUCAUCUUUGAAGUGGUGGAAGUUGGUCUGCCGCCAACUGGUCGACGAUACAGUCAAACGACAACUCGAGAAAGACUUUGUACAUGCUCAUCUGUCGCUUGACGCCACUUCAAACCGGCUGCCUGGAGAGUCCAGCCUCGCGAUGGCAUCGCAGUGCCAUUGGAAGGCAGAUCAUGUGGAGCUGAAGGUUCUGUGUCUUCUGGCGUCCGACUGGACGAUGUGA